UGUUGCUUUUCCGGGGCCGACCAAUGCAAGGACAUCGCGACGGCUCGCGGUCUCUACGCGCCUCCGCGAACGGUGGAUAUGUUCCUCAAGCGACUCGCGUGUUUCCCAAUUUCAGUAUCCAUCAACCCAUAAAUUACAAAUUCCAGACCCAGCAGCAAAAUCUCAACUUCCCUCGUCCGCAGUUUGGCGCCGGCGGUAAUGUUGAAGUCAUUCGAAUUGACAAUGCAGUCAGCAAGACGCGUAAAUCGCUUGUUGCUGCUGGAGAGAACGUUUCUUCGACUAGAGUUUGGCAAUUGGUUCAAGCACAACUUCGAGUUGAUUCUUGGCGUUCCUUUGGGAUGCAAUUGCAAGAUGUUCCUUCACUUCGCCAACUUAUGGACCUUGAAGGCAAGAUCAUUGCGUUCAUUCACUGCUACGUUGGGGCUAGAAAAAUUGUGACCCUGUAUGAACUGGAAGUGGCAAUAUGUCGAAACGAGGUCGUUGGUUGUUUUGAUGAUCUGGGAUUGGGACCUUUGCUGCAGCAUCCACUUGUCUUGCUCUAUUUUCCAUCCAUCUCUGCUUCUACUGGCCUAGUUCGGAUCACUAGUGAGGAUAUAAUAUCUUUUCUCGAUAGCUAUCUGAACACUUAUGAUAUGGACAAUGUUAAGCUCGAUGAAUUCUUGAAUUUCGUUGCUGCGAGAAAAUCAGUUACAAGCAAGGAAAAGCUUGGUGUUCGUAUUCAAAGCUUUGGGAUGUAUGUAACUUUCAUUCAAGACGCAAAGAGACAAGAAGGUGAAACAUUGAAGAUCUUGCUGACUGAACUGCAUCAGAAGUAUCACAUCCUAUCACCAAAGAUACAACAGCGAGAUAAGGAUUAUUGUGGCAAGCAUACAAGAUUUAAUUCAUUGAGCUCGGAGGACAAUGAUAGUGCUGAUUAUGAGGUCAAAAAAAAUAAUAGUUCUGACCAUCUCAGUAGUUGUUCAUAUCCAUCUGUUGCAGAAGAGAUUAAGCAGCUUGGGAGCUCCAGUAAGAAAAGAAAGGCUGAGAGUCGCAUUCAUGAAAUAUCUGAUUUUCCCAAACUGCUUAGAAGAGACCCCUGUAAAUUACGUAGAGGAUAUGCGAAACAAAAGAUACCUAAAUUGGCAGAUGAUUCUGAUGCUAAGCAGGUUUUCUGUGUCAAUGAGGCUUAUUUCACACUUUCUGAAGGAGCUUUGAGACUGUUCGUUUCAACUUGGAAAGAUACAUGUAAAGAGCUAAGUAUGUCAAUGUUUGUCCAGAAAGUAUUGUCUUCUUACGACCUAGGUGGUUCCGAAGUACAAGCUAAUAUUAAAAGAGCUAAAGUGAUGUCAUCAUUUCCAUUUGUUGGAAUACUACAUGUCGCUAAGGAACUUGUAACAGAGGCUCUUGAGAAACAGAUACGGACUGAGAUCACAGAUACAAACUUGGUUGCUGGAUAUGAUGAUUGUGCAGGCACAAGUUCAAGAGCUAAUAAGCCGAACCCAUCGCGUCCUAUGUCCAUGAAGAGUGGCUCAACAUCAGGAAAUAUCGUUCAUGAAUGGAAUGAUUAUGUCUCAACGGACUUCAGCGCAAGAGAUCAUCAGCUUCACACUGGCACACCUUGGGCUGCACAAGCGCAACAGACUGGUAGAAAAGGUGAAGAAAUUGCUUACAGAUACUUUGCUGCAAAAUAUGGCAAGAAGGCUCGGGUUAGAUGGGUUAAUGAGCAGAGCGAAACCGGGUUACCUUACGACCUAAUAAUCGAAAACCGAGGUGGUAAGAAAGAGUAUGUAGAGGUGAAAGCAACUGUAUCAACAAGGAAAGACUAUUUUAACUUGACAGUGAAGGAAUGGCAAUUUGCAAAUGAGAAAGGAGAGAGUUACGUUAUUUCUCAUGUUUUGUUAGGCAACAGUAAUGCCAUCCUUACACAACAUAGGAAUCUUGUCAAGUUAUGCCAAGAAGGUCAUCUCCGGUUAUUGGUUCUCAUGCCCAGCCAGCGAAACGAGGUCAACUUUAACUUGUGUGAGAAUCAAACAAGACUGAGAUUGGUAAAAGUGGCAGUGGCGUCUCAGGUUUUACAUAGAUGUAAAUGUAGACAGCUACAGGAAACAAUUCUAAAGAAUGGGGUUUAGCCAAAGCAUCAGAAGAGGAAUAUUUUGCU